GAUUUAUAUUAUAUCUUAUAUCGAGUCCACUUGAUUGAUAUGGGUACUCAGCUCAUCCUGUUUCAAACGAAUACUGCGUAGAAUUUCCUGUCCUGUCCAUCGGUACUUCUGAUUGUGGCUCUCGUUUUAGCAUUUUCCCGAAAAAUCCCUCCAUUUCCUCAUUUGCCCCAAGAAAAUACCACCAGGGACGUUCAGCAACAGAAAACCCUUGCAAGAGCGUCAUUUUCAUAAAUAUCCCAGUCGUUUCUAGUCCAACAUUGCAUUCGGUAUAGGCUCACCAGCUGGGUCAACAGGGGUCGGUGUGGUGAAAAAGAAUCUGUAGGGGUGGAAUCAGACCCCGUAUCGCUAUCAAGGGUUAUUCAAGGAACGGCAUACCAAUACUGAAAUACAUAUCUACGAAUACAUACAUACAUACAUACAUACAUACACGCACGCUACAUCCCUCGAUCGUCAUCCAUUCCAUCCUCACUCACUCGCUCGUACGGGGGAUCAUCCAUCACCACUCUUUUCGAAGAGGAGAGAAGAGAAUUUCAAACGUCUCAUCGCCAUUACUUUCCCUGCGUAGUAUCACACGCUCGUCGCGCAUACGAAUCCCAACUCUUCUUCUUCGUUUGGCCUUGGGCCUGUCACUGCCACUCGCUUUAUACAACACUUGCACAGAGAAAUUCAAGAUGGAGGGAGGAAGUACGAUGGGGGUACUCACCAAGAGAGUGUCGGAAGCACAGAAAUUGUUGGAUUUGUUAGCAAAUCCUUUUCGAGCCCAGUUGUCACAAAAUUCCAUCUAUGCAAGUUUCGGCACAUCGAUAGGAUUUACCCUGUUACUCGCCAUCGGUUUCUCUCUUCUUCGUCCGUACAACUCCGUCGUGUACGCACCCAAACUCAAGAUCGCAGAUGAUAAACACGCACCGCCGCCCAUGGGAAAGGGUCCUUUGGCUUGGCUGGGACCGGUGCUCAAGACGAAGGAAACUGAGUUGGUUAAUCUGAUAGGCUUGGACGCGACGAUAUUUUUGAGAGUGCUGAGAAUGUUUCGAAACAUGUUUUUAUGCAUCACGGUGGUGGGUUGUGGAAUCUUGAUCCCGAUCAAUAUGACCAAGGGGCAAUUUGAUUCGAAAACGGAUUUCGUAUCUCGAGUGACGCCGGUCAAUGUUUGGGGUUCGAGUAAUUGGGGUAUGACCAUCUGCGCCUGGUUAUUCGAUCUCAUUAUCAUGGUCUUCUUGUGGUUGAAUUAUAGAGCGGUACUCAAUCUGAGGAGAACGUACUUUGAAAGCGCGGAUUACCAGGCCAGUUUACAUGCGCGGACGUUGAUGAUUAACGAUAUUCCGAAGACGCUACGCACGGACGAGGGAAUCGGGAGAGUGAUUGAUGUUGUGGCGCCGCAAUCUUCAUUCUCGAGAACAGUCGUGGCGAGAAACGUGAAGGAACUUCCGGAACUCAUUGAACAGCAUGAUCAAACAGUCCGCGAUUUGGAAGGCUAUUUGGCCAGGUACCUUAAGGAUCCUGCGAAUCUACCCCCCAAGAGACCAGAGUGUACUCCGUCGAAAGAUGAUCCUAAUUUUGGAUCAUAUAUCCGAGGGCAAAAGCUCGAUGCUAUCGAAUAUCUGACUGCGCGUAUAAAGGAAUUGGAAAUGGAGAUUAAGGAAGUUCGGCUAUCGGUGGACAAUCGAAAUCCUUUGCCGUAUGGAUUUGCUAGUUAUGAAGCUAUUGAUGAAGCACACGGUAUUGCUUUCGCAGCACGAAAAAAGCAUCCUAAAGGAACUACGAUUGUACUUGCUCCUCGACCGAACGAUAUUAUCUGGCAAAACAUGCCUCUGAGUAGGCAGACCCGAAAAAGAAAGAGAAUUAUGAACAACAUUUGGGUUACUUUACUUACGAUUGUAUGGAUGGCACCGAACGCUUUGAUUUCUAUCUUCUUGGUCAGUUUACCGAAUUUGGGUAGUGUUUGGCCUGCAUUUCAAACUUCGUUGGCGCAACACACUGUUUGGUGGUCAAUUGUUCAAGGUGUUGCUUCUCCAGCUGUUACAUCCUUGGUCUAUCUAGUACUUCCAAUCAUUUUCCGUCGAAUGUUGGUUAAAGCUGGAGAUCGUACGAAAACUGCCAGAGAAAGACAUGUUACUGGAAAGUUAUACACCUUUUUCGUCUUCAACUAUUUGCUUGUAUUUUCGAUUUUCAGCACUGUCUGGACUUUCGUUUCUACCGUCGUCAACAAAACCAAUGAUGGUACCACAACUUGGGAAGCUAUUUACGAAACAGAUUUGGGAUUAUUGGUCUUUAUUUCAUUGUGCGAUAUCUCGCCUUUCUGGGUUACUUGGUUACUUCAACGAAAUUUGGGAGCAGCUGUCGACUUGGCUCAAUUGUGGACUUUAGUUUGGAGUUUUUGCGCCCGGAAAUUCUCGAGUCCCACGCCCCGUGAGAUGAUCGAAUUGACUGCACCACCCGCGUUUGACUAUGCAAGUUAUUAUAAUUAUUUCUUGUUCUAUACCACUGUUACUUUGUGCUUUGGAUGCAUUCAACCUCUGGUUAUUCCAGCAGCCGCUAUGUAUUUCUCUCUGGAUGUUUUCUUGAAGAAAUACCUCUUGCUGUAUAUUUUCAUUACCAAGACAGAAUCUGGUGGUAUGUUCUGGCGUAUGUUGUUUAACCGAGUACUUUUCGCAGCAAUUCUCGCCAACCUUGUCGUUUUUCUUUCCACUUGGGUUCAUGGAGAGGCUACACACAUGGAAGCUUAUGCUGUCAUUCCUCUUCCAUUCUUGGUGAUUGGUUUCAAAUGGUAUUGCGCACGUACCUUCGACGAUAAGAUUCACUACUAUAGCGUCCGUAAUAUGCUCAAAGAUCCAGAAGCUUCACGUUCCAAGCCCUUUGGUAGCAAAGGCGAUCGUCUCGCUUCUCGCUUCGGUCAUCCAGCAUUGUACAAACCGCUCAUCACACCUAUGGUCCACGCCCGAGCUCAAAAUAUUCUAGCUUCCGUUUAUGGUGGUCGUCUUACAGAUUCCAAUAAUCAAGGUUCGGGGGACAACAUGUCAGUUUCGGGAUAUUCGGAUAUGUUUUCCAUGGAUCCUAUGCGUGCUGGACAACCAGGCCGUUCUGCAAAGGGAGGUGUACCUGGUUUUGAAAUGGUACCAGAAAAUCGUCUGGAUUUCUCGUAUUAUAAGGGAAGAGCGGAAUUCGCCGAAGAACAUGGUGGUUCGGGUGGAAUCUAUGGAAGAGCUGAAGAUAUCAUUAGGUCAGAUACACCAGGUAGUUCACGCUGGGGACCAGAUUCGAGACCAGGUACACCUGUUCACUCGGGUGGUUUGGGAACACCAACAUUACCAAGUUUCAGGCCAGGAACACCGGAUAGUAUUAAAGGGGAUAUUGGUAUGAGUGGGGGAUCUGGGAUGAGGUAUUAUGGAGAGAGGAAGGAUAGCUCAGGAGAGACGAUCGGAUUGGUUCAGGGUGCACAGGAUAUGCCCGCGAGUGCCGUACCGGGUGUGCAGGAACGAGCACCGGGUUUCUUGGGUGGUGGACCGGGAGGAUAUGGUAAUUUACCACAGGAGGAUUUGGAUGGAAGGAGUAGUGUGGAUCAUGAUCCGAUGAAUUAUGAUUAUUUCCGUUCUAGAAGGACGAGGAAUUAAACAUGGGAAUGGAGUGAAUAGAGGUGUGGGAAGUUAGGGCAAGGAGAAGAGACGAUGAGAUGAUGAGAAGAUGAGAAAGCUGUAUAACAGGAUAUACAAGUGAAAUGAAAUGGUAGAUAUUGGGAGGUGUAUUUUUUUUCUCUCGGCUUUAUAUGGAGAUUAGCGAUCGGAAUGAGUCUCGAAUGGUUCGAAUUAGCAUUGGCAUGCAUUUAUGCAUGAAUGAAAUGGGUUGGGAUGGUUGGCUGGUUGGCUAAUGGCGUUUUUUUGGGUUGUUCUCAUUAAUUGGGAAAUUUGAGGAAGUGGAUAGAGUGGGUGAUGAUUUGAGGGUUGUAGAUAGGGAAAGAGACGGUGUUGAAGAGAUACAGGGAUGGUUGUGGUGGAACAAUGGAAAGGGAGAGGGAUGAAAUAGAAGAGAUAGAGAAAAUAGAGGAAAGAUUAAGUGAGGUCACUGGGUGUAGUUGAUUGUAGUUUGUUCUUGUGUAUACGUAGGAUAGGGGGAAUUUUUGAAAUUAGACACUUGAAUAAGACUAAGAAUAAGAAUA